AGUCUGCCUUUAGAAUGCGACGCGUGUACUCCCACCGCUACGACCACCAGUCACAGAGGAAAUGUCGAUAAUAUUCCUGUCCUCCUUUAAGACGUAGAGUGACAAGUGCUUGCCCAUUCCCAUUAUUUAUUACCAGUCUCUCCGCCGUCUGUACUUCACCAUCCAACGACACAACAAUCAGGUUGAACUACCUGCGUUUGUCCCCUUCUCAUCAGUACGCUACACUUGUACCUGUUGUGACAUAUAUGUAGUAUUGCAAGCAGAAUACAUAGAUUAACAUACAUAGUAUAUGACCUUAACACUAGCCGAUAGGCUCACGUGAUCACUAUCAUACCUCGAGAUGACGAACCUACACUGAUGUCACCAUAAUAAGUCAAGAUUUCAAGCCAACAAGUUCCGUUUCAGAGAAACAACUACACUUCCGAAACAUUUUGAGCCAUUUAUAAUACAAUAAUUUUGGAUAACACACAGAAAUAAGACAAAUUUACAUAUGAACUGAAUAGCAAAUACAAUAGGUUUCUGUGAGAUCACGUGACAAUCAAGCGUUGAAUAAAAAUACAAUUGUGAUUUCCGCAACAGGAGGAGAGACGAUAGUGGUCAACUGGAAAAAGGUCACGCAUUGUGAAGUAACACACUUGAGUGAAAUUCAUAAAAGUGCACCCCAAUGGGUUACCACUGUCCGCGUGUUCACUUGAUGUCAUUACUCAUCCUCAUCUCUUUUUGAAACUUGAUACAAUACAAUCACAACACAAUUCGUUUCCUGAAUACCUGCACAACAGCCACUACUUCCCCUUGCUUGGUUUUUUGUCAUACAAUUGGCUGCCUAUGCACAAGCAACAGGGAGCAAAUCAAAACAUCAAUGAUACACAAUUUUACUAAAGUGUUGACCAUAUUAAGCAAAGCCGACUGGCCGUCUGCUACCUGUCUGUGUCACCUCUCUACACGAGUCGAAUAAAAAUGUGCAAGGAAAAAAGGGUGGUGUGUUAUAUGUACCUACAUAUGUGUUUGUAUGCACAAAUAUAUGAUCGUGGUGAUCACUAUGUACAGUAAAAUCAACCAUUCUCUCACCAAUUUUGACUUGACAAUUGGUUAAAUCGCUACAACCUCAACCCGAACGCCGCACUGCGUGUCCGUUUUCCAUCAUAUAUAUUCCUCUUAAGUGGUUUUAUCAUUCGUUUCCAUUAUCUACUCCUGUCACUGCGAAAGGAUUGGAUUGACUUGACCCAAACAAGUGUCUAUUUCAUACUUUAUAGUUUAUGUUCCAAGUAUUCCACUCCAACCAAGAAGCCAUAAAGCUAAAAAACUGAGCAAGUGUGCAGCAAAAGAAUAAUUCAAGCCUAAAACUGAAUAGGAUUCCAUUCUCGGGACAACAACUAGAUAUUUUUCCUUGUCCACCUGAGACAAAAAAUAUUUCGAUUGUGUAAACUUUUAUGAAAUUCAUUCUUGUUGUGACUUUUGUGAGUGAAUGCUGUGCUGUGGGGUUUAUAUACGGGACAAACAAUUAAAAAAAAGUCCCGACCUCGGCCAACCCAACUCAAACUUUUCUUAGCAUGCAUGCACCGAACCUUUAAUAUGUAAUGUCUUGUAGUAAAUGACAAAGGGUACACAUCUCUACCUACUCCGUCUCAUGCUGGCUGACACAUGAGUCAACCCUUUAGUAGUAUAAAGUGAUAGCAUUGUGUAUUUAAAAAAAGAGUUUGUAAGUGAACCCAUCGAAUGGACUAUUGGGUUAAAAUAUUAAACUUGCAGCCGCACAUUACUCAUCCUCAACCUUACUCGAGCGAGACACAAGAGUUGAAGAAGAAGCAAGUCCUGGAUUUUGUGACACAUUGACUAAUAGAUAAACUUGGAAUGAGCACCGGACGCUGCAGACAUAGUGCAAAUAUCUGUAAAUAGCUGGACAUGUACAUAGAAUCGCUCGCUGUCCUGUCUGCAACAGAUAACAUUUUUGCCAACUAUCAGAGAAAUAACUUGUACAUACAUCCAUACACGUAUUAUUGGUACGUUCGUAUGUAGGUACAUCACCACCAACUAACUAACUACAUAGCCAAAUUGUGGUCUCUCCAGCAGUAGAAGAAACAGUCUCAACUCUCGCUCGUGUCGCAAAUCUCGCAAACCAAUCACAUUUAUACCUCAACAAAUCAUUCACCUCAUCAUCAGCUCAUCCUCAUCAGUCGGAGAGGUACGUACGGUCCGUGCAGAAGAAGGGGAGUUAUUAUCCUAUUGUUAUUAGAGCAGUCGAGGGCUACGCAUUAUUAUUGUGCAGGUACAUAUACAUAUAACGAGAAGAACGAGAGCUCGACAUUUUGGUCUGGCGUUGGACAAAUGUUGAUAACCAUAUAUACAACAGGACUAUACAGCAAUUAAGCACUGUGUAUAUAUUGUGAGAGCGAGAGAUAAUAUCUUGUGGCUGAAUGGAGCGAUUUGCACAGAAAUGCCAUUCCUCAUCUGAAUGUGGUUUGACUACGAAGUGUGAGUAAACAGUCGACGUCUGUCUGACUUGUUCAAUUGGUGGCUUGACCUAGCUUUUAUCAGACGACUCGAGAGUGUGUGUGUGUGUUUGUGAUCCAUUGAUUCAGCCAAAAGCUUCUCAUCAUCAUCAUCAUCACCAGCAGUGUUUAUUUGUACCCUCCAUUAUUUCCAUAAUCAAAGGGGGGAAGCUAUAAUAGCGUAAAGUGAAUGUGUGUACGUACGUAUACGUCUGGCUGGACAGAGUCCGAUCCGACCUGUGCAAGUCAAGAGGUGAAUUAGUGGACAGUCGGGGAUAAUAUUUAUUUGCAUAGCAUAGCAGGCAACCAUCUCUCCCAUUAAUUGGCGUGUCGUCGUCGUCGUCUGCACUGUUCCACCACCACGGCUUGAACUGCCUGCAAAUUGUCCUUCACCUUUACGGAACUCAACUCCGAGGAAACCAAGUAAUUAGCGAGAAGCACAACUUUCUCUCUGCAUUCCACCAGGGAAAGUUGAUAUCUAUCCAUCAGAGCUGUUAUACACAUACAUUUCCCCUCGUUCUCCCGUAAAACUCGGGAGAGUUUACGUGCAAAAUUCAGUGCAAAAAAAGUAUACCUUUUCCCACACACAAAAUGACUGCCUCCGCAAACUCCACCAAAUUCACAAAUGGAGAUAAAACUUCCAACAAUAAAAGUACAACUGCGGAAACAAGGAGGGCUUCGAAACCACUGAUGGAGAAGCGGCGUCGUGCAAGAAUAAAUCAAAGUCUGGCGAUUCUGAAGAGUCUCAUUGUCGACAACCAGAGGGUUGAGGGAUCACAGGGGUCGCAAAAGAGGUCUCUUGAGAAGGCAGAUAUUUUGGAACUGACGCUUCAGCAUGUUCAGUCGGUUAAAAAGUCUGACGAACAAAAAUUUAUGGAGGGGUUUGAGGAAUGCUUCUCUGAAACGAUUCGAUUUCUUGAAAAAUCCAAAAUCGGAAGCACCAUUGUGCACAAAUUGACAGAGCAUAUGAAGCAAUUUCAGCAAAAUGUAGAGCUACCAACCUCAUUUAGCCAGGCCGGAGUGGCCAUGCCAUCAUCAGUAAUGCUUGUGUCCAGCAAUGGUGGAGGUGGCAGUACAAGUGUCACAUCCUCCUCCAUUCCUUCCUCCGUGGAAGAAGAACCUGUGAAAUUGUUCCCCAUCGCAUCCACCAAAGGUUUGGUAGUUGUGGAGCCGAGUCAUACCCAAUUUGCCACAUUUGCCCUCAAUGUCCCUCGGUUACGAAGGGAAGCCUCAUUCUCACCACCCACGAGCAGUUCCACCACCACCACCACUAUUAUUAGCCGGGCGAAGAAAGCUCCGAGCUCAACCCACAGCCAGAGCUCCUGUCUCUCACCCUCCGCUUUCUCCAACGACUCCAACAACAACCACAACACCACCGUCGUCCUCCCUCCCAGCAUCGUGCUCGAUGGCUUUCUUCGUGACAACGGUGACUCAUCUCCCCCUUCUGGAAGGACCAUCAUUACUGAGCAGGGUGGUGGAUAUCCUCACCAUCAUCACCCAGGGUCAGUCGAGUCAUUCGAAAGGGUCAUCCGUCCUCAGCAUCACCGCCAGCACCACCACCACUACCACCACCACCCCUCCAAACAAAUUAUGAGCACUACAAACAUGAGCAGUCCCCCCGUCCAACUCCUUGACGACAGUACAAUAAUGCUCCUACGGCCCACGCCCAGGACCACCGAUGCGAAUAACGCCUACGUCCUCAACCUGAGCACCCAUACGAGUAGCACUGGUAGUUCUUCUUACAAUCAUAAUUACUACAACAUGAGUCCAGGCGGAGAAAGCCGGUCCGCCAGACAGGAGGAGGGUGAUGAUGAGCCCAUGGACGAGGAAUUCUCGGAACCUCUCAAUCUCUCCAAACAUGAGGUCAUGUAUCGGCUGGAGGAGGAUGGAGUCUGGAGACCCUGGUAGAAUGUGAUAGUUGUGAAUGCAACGUUAUUGCAUGGGGAGUUUAUGUACUUUUAUUCAUAUUCUUAUGCCCACACCAACUAAAGCAGUACUCGUACUUAUAAUGUAACAAAAUGUGGAUUUUUUUGCUCAGUUCAUUAAUUACUAUUAUUAUGAUUAUUAUGUAUGUCCGAAAUAUUUAUGAUGAUUAACGAUUACCUAUAUAUUCAUAUAUCUAACAUAUAUAUAUAUCUACUAAUUAAAUCUUAUGUGUAAUAAAUACGUUGGGAUCUUAAUGUACUUGAAUAGUAUUUUAUUGUUCUUGAUUGAUCACGGAUGAUCAAUUUAUAAGUACAAUUACCUCGAAAUUCUUAGAAAUUAGUCUCGUCAGUUUAUGUUGAAAGAGAAAAUAAAUUGUCAAAGCAAAAAAAAAAA